UCCAUCAAACCCCUCUCCCUCGGCGCGGAAUCGAGCGAAAAAAAAGAGAGAGAACGUAUACCGAGUCUUUCCCUCUCUCUCUAUCUUCUCUCUCUACCCCCCUCUCUCUCCCAUCCUCCGUGGAGCAAGGGAUCCGAGAUUUGUACAAGAGAUGGAUCGGUACCAGAGGGUGGAGAAGCCGCGAUCGGAGACGCCGAUAAAGGAGAACGAAAUCAGGAUUACGGCGCAAGGGAGGAUGAGGAACUACAUUAGCUACGCCACGAGCUUGCUCCAGGAGAAAGGUUCGAAUGAAAUCAUUAUCAAAGCCAUGGGGAGAGCUAUCAAUAAAACGAUUGUAAUUGUGGAGUUGAUCAAGAGAAGGAUUGCAGGGCUGCACCAGAACACGACAACUGAAUCUAUUGAUAUAACUGACACAUGGGAACCAUUGGAAGAAGGCCUUCUGCCACUUGAGACUACCCGCCAUGUAUCAGUUAUAACUAUAAUGUUGUCGAAAAAGGAGCUGGAUGCAUCUUCUCCAGGCUACCAGCCACCUAUACCCGCUGAUCAGGUGAGGCCAUUGGCAGAGUUUGACUAUGAAGGAGGGCACUUCCCACCGAGUGGCCGUGGAAGAGGACGCGGUGGCCGAGGAAGGGGCAGGGGUAGAGGAAUGAGCAAUGGGGUGGCGAGUUAUGAAUAUGAUGGAGAGUGGGAUGGUGGACGAGGAUAUGGUGGGAGAGGGAGAGGGCGUGGUAGAGGUCGUGGUUCCUUCGGACGCGGAAGAGGUUAUUAUGGUGGCUAUGGUGGCAGAGAUAUGUAUCAGGAAUCAGGUGGUUAUGAUGACGGUGAGCUCGACGCGCCGCCUCCACAAGGAAGUGGGCGUGGCCGCGGAGGAAGAGGCCGAGGACGCGGGCGUGGGCGUGGUCGAGGUAGAUCAGAUGCACCGCAGUAGACGAAGAUCUUAGCCUCUCCUCCGCUUUGCAAGAUUGAUAUCCGUGUCCCGUACUUUCCUCCCGAUGUUUCAAUAUUUAAUUUAGACUUUCCUCGGUCGUGUAACUUAAAAUGCGCAUGUAUUCUACUGGAGACGUUAUUUGCUGCUUGCUACCUCGGCGAUGAGGGGCUAGUUGUGGUUUUGUAGUCUAGGUUUUAAUUUAACCCCCGAUUUUAAUGUUUUCCUGAAUCAUGUUUUAUGGUAUUCAAUUGUGAAGAUUAUUAGAGCUGGGGCCAUUCUUUAAU